GGGCUGAUCGGCAGUGGUGCUGAGCACAUCACACAUGAAGGGCCCUUUAAAGACCUGGAUUGAUCGAAAGGACACGAAUUAAAGGCAAUCCGAUCCGGCCUCAUGCCAGAUCCCUGUGGAUUUCCUCCCUACCCCAUUUCCAUCCAUGGUCACAAUUUGAGAGUCUGCCUGAUUUGAUCGGGUUCACCUCUGAGGAGAGGUGUAAUGCCAAGGUCAGGAGGGCGCCGAGUGAUGGGCGACUUUUUGAUCUGCUCGUCAGCAGUCUGAGAAACGCUGGCUCUGAGUUUUCUGUAUCGGCCUUUUGGGAAAAAACAAGUUCCUCACUCUUUGCAACCUGGCAGCGCCCGAGUCCCUGGGACAUCCGGCCUCCGUCACCCGGUAGAUGUGGCCUUUCCAUGCUGAGGCCCAGAGUCCCGCCUGACCCAGCCGCCGCCUGCCCAGGGCCCCGCGAGGCCGUGCCCCUGUGGACUGCACAGCCAUGCUGCACCUGCUGGCGCUUUUCCUGCACUGCCUCCCACUGGCCUCCGGAGACUACGACAUCUGCAAAUCCUGGGUGACCUCAGAUGAGGGCCCCACCUGGGAGUUCUACGCCUGCCAGCCCAAGGUGAUGCGCCUGAAGGACUAUGUCAGGGUGAAGGUGGAGCCCUCGGGCAUCACGUGCGGAGACCCGCCGGAGAGAUUCUGCUCCCACGAGAACCCCUACCUGUGCAGCAACGAAUGCGACGCCUCCAACCCGGACCUGGCGCACCCGCCGCGGCUCAUGUUCGACAAGGAGGACGAGGGGCUGGCCACGUACUGGCAGAGCGUCACGUGGAGCCGCUACCCGAGCCCGCUGGAAGCCAACAUCACGCUCUCGUGGAACAAGAGCGUGGAGCUGACGGACGACGUGGUGGUGACCUUCGAGUACGGCCGGCCCACCGUCAUGGUCCUGGAGAAGUCGCUGGACAACGGGCGCACGUGGCAGCCGUACCAGUUCUACGCGGAGGACUGCAUGGAGGCCUUCGGCAUGGCCGCGCGCCGCGCGCGCGACCUGCCGGCCUCGGGCGCCCACCGCGUGCUGUGCACCGAGGAGUACUCGCGCUGGGCCGGCUCCCAGAAGGAGAAGCACGUGCGCUUCGAGGUGCGGGACCGCUUCGCCAUCUUCGCCGGCCCCGACCUGCGCAACACGGCCAACCUGUACACGCGGCUGGAGAGCGCCAAGGGCCUCAAGGAGUUUUUCACCCUCACCGACCUGCGCAUGCGGCUGCUGCGCCCCGCGCUGGGCGGCACCUACGUGCAGCGGGAGAACCUCUACAAGUACUUCUACGCCAUCUCCAACAUCGAGGUCAUCGGCAGGUGCAAGUGCAACCUGCACGCCAACCUGUGCUCUGUGCGCGAGGGCAGCCUGCAGUGCGAGUGUGAGCACAACACCACGGGCCCCGACUGCGGCAAGUGCAAGAGGAACUUCCGCGCCCGGUCCUGGCGGGCGGGCUCCUACCUGCCGCUGCCUGUCCCCGAGGGCCUCCUGGGCAUUAAGGGCAUCUUUGCUCCCACCCUUUCUCAGGACACCUGGAGGAGAUGCUGUGGCACGGGCUUCGUCCUUCUGGGCCUGAGCCGAUCCUUCCCUGGUGCCGCCGCAGGCUCCGCUGUUGGCAGCGUCAGCAGGUCCCGGAAAGACCCCGUCCCCAAAGCCUCUGUGGCCACUGUGGCCCCGAGGGGGGACCCCACCACUCCUGCCCCCUCCACACCCACUGCUCGGGCCCCUGUGGCCCCCAGCACUCUACAGCCCACAGAGUGGAUCAGGCCGUCUACAGCUGCCCCCCUUGGGGAGGGCCCCCCCUCGCCCCAGGUGUCCUCCAAUGCAGAAGCUGCGGGCACCUCCGCCACUGCCCCCACCCCCACCAAGGCCUCCAAAGCUUUCCAGCUCAGGCCCAAAUCUCCUCAAGUGAUGCCUAUUGAAGAAUUCCAAGACUGCGAAUGCUACGGCCACUCCAACCGCUGCAGCUACAUCGACUUCCUCAACGUGGUGACCUGCGUUAGCUGCAAGCACAACACGCGGGGCCAGCACUGCCAGCACUGCCGCCUGGGCUUCUACCGCAAUGGCUCCGCCGAGCUGGACGACGAGAACGUGUGCAUCGAGUGUAACUGCAACCAGAUCGGCUCCGUGCACGAUCGGUGCAACGAGACCGGCUUCUGCGAGUGCCGCGAGGGCGCGGCGGGGCCCAAGUGCGACGACUGCCUCCCGACGCACUACUGGCGCCAGGGCUGCUACCCCAACGUGUGCGACGACGACCAGCUGCUGUGCCAGAACGGGGGCAGCUGCGUGCAGAACCAGCGCUGCGCCUGCCCACGCGGCUACACGGGCGUGCGCUGCGAGCAGCCCCGCUGCGACCCGGCCGACGGCGACGGUGGCCUGGACUGCGACCGCGCUGCUGGGGCUGAGCCGCGCCCCGCCACCCUGCUCGGCUGCCUGCUGCUGCUGGGGCUGGCCGCCCGCCUUGGCUGCUGA